AUGGCCGUCAAGGACGGCGUCUCAUGCUAUCCGACCGAGCGCCUGAUCUCCCGAAAAGCACGACGACACUAUCGCAUCCCUGUCAAGUCGCAACACUGGCAGCUGCGAUCACUCAUCAGCGCCGAUGCCCAAGAAACCGUGUAUUUUCCCGGUGGCAAUGGCGCCAACCACGUCCAGCGGCUGAACACGGCGACAAACGAGUGUGAGACUGUGCGGCUGCUGUCCUUCUCCCCGCGCUGCCUCGUCGCCCAGAACGGAUGGGUGUGCUGCGGCGGCGAGACGGGCGAGUUCACGGCCCUGCAGGUGCACGACGCCCACGACGCCCACGACCCCCUCAACAGCGCCGCCAGCGAUCUCGGCGACCUGCAGUCGAGCUUUGACGUCGACGGCGACUUUGCCCGCAUCGGCCUGGCCUACAUGCGUCCAGACGGCUCCGUCGUCCCGCGCACGCGCCUGCUCCCCCGCGCGGGCAAGACGGCGACGGCCAAGAGCAUGAAGCUAGCGCGUGAUAGGGUCAACUGCGUCACGCUCUGGUUCCCCCAGGACAUGGCGCCGCCCACGCCGGACCGGUACAACGAGCCCGUCGCUGUCCUCGCCAACAAUGACAAGACGGUCGUCGUCAUCAGCCUGCACGACUUUGAGGCCAAGGACAAGACGGAGCCCCUCGACAUGGUCACCUAUCCUGACUACGUGAACCGGUCCCUCUUGUCGCCCGACGGCCGUCUCCUGAUUGCCAUCCUCGACGACCCCUACCUCUACAUACACCGGCGCGUCGAGAAGCACGACGACCAGACGGCCGCCGGCGACACCAACGCGACCGCGUAUCAGUGGGAAGAGGCGAGGAAGGUCCUGCUCAAGAGCCAGCGCAAGGGCGACCUCUCCGACAGCCGCGGCAGCUUUGCCGCCUGCUUUUCCCACUCGGGCGCGUAUCUGGCCGUCGGCACGCAGUACGGCACCGUCUCCAUCUUCGACGUCGAGACCUUGACCGAUCUCGACGCCGACCCGCUGCUGACGACCUUUGACUCGUCGCGGCCCAUGGUGAGCGAAGGCGCCAUCCGCGACAUGGCCUUUUGCCCUGGCCCCUUUGACCUGCUGGCCUGGACCGAAGACCGAGGCCACGUGGGCAUUGCCGACAUUCGGUCUGGCUUCGCGCAGCAGCAGAUUCUCAACAUCAGCGCCACCGACGACUUCAGCCACGUCAGCAUCCUCGACCGAAACUCGGUCGACCCGCGGCUGCUCGAGGGCCGGGGCGAGCGGAGCGACAAUCUCGCCGCGAACCUGUCCUCCUCGCUGAACCUGUCCGACCUGCGCCGCCUCCGCGGCCCCGAGGGCGCAGACCGGCACGGCUUACCCCUCUCGCACGAGGAGACGGUCGUCCUCGAGGCCCUGCAGGCCGAACGCCGCCGCAGGGAGCAGACGGAUCGCAUCGCCGCCCGCCUGGCGGACCACUCGUCGAGCCCCACCCUGACGGCGGCGUUGACGGCGAGCGGCCGCCUCCCGCGGCCAGACAACAGCGAAGGCGCGGGCGCUGCGGACGACGUGGCGCGGGUUGUGCGUGAGGAAGAACGCGAACGGGAAGAGCGCAGCAACAUCACGCGCGCCCUCAGCGACUGGCUGCGCGAUUCGCGCGAACGCGGCCAGGAGCGCGUGCGCACCAUUCAGCGGCUGGCGCAGGAGGGCACGAGCGAGCGGGAUCGCGAACGACGCGCCCUCUUUGCGCCGCCGCGGCGGAGCGCCACCGUCCGAUCGAGUGACGGCGGCGGCGGCGGCGGCGGCGGCGUCGGUUCUCCCACGACACUGACGCCGGCGACGGUCAACACGGCGACGGCCGUGCUCCCGGCGACGGGCGGGUGGGCCGAGCUCGAGGCGCUGUACAACAUUUCGCUCGAGACGAACCUCGCGACGCUGCGGUCGGCGGCCGAAGAGUCGGAGACGACGCAGCGGGAGCGGCAGCGAGAGCGGGAGCGGGAGCGGGAGCGGGCCCGCGACAGGGAGCGCGAGAGACAGCGGGAGCGGGAGAGGGAGCGCGAGCGCGAGAGGGAGAGAGAACGGGACCGCGAACGAGACCGCGACCGCGACCGCUCGUCGUUUCUGCCCUUCAUCAAUUCGGUGGCCAUGCGCGAGAUGGACGAGAGGCUGGCGCGGCGGCGCGUCGUCGUCGACCACGCGGUGCACGAGAGCCCGCCGGAGCCGGACAACACGGCGGGCAUCUCGUGGAGUGAGGACGGGCGUACAUUAUUUGUCGGCGCCGAGAAUGGCAUCUAUGAGUUUCACGUGGAUACGCAGGGGCGCAAAUACUGCCCCAAGCUGACGAUGCGAUGA